ACAAUUGUCUUGAGGAAGCUUGUGGCCACCAUCUCGGGAGGAUUGCUUCCCUCCACUGCUUUACCAGUCCGGCUGAGUGCGAGUAGUACGAGAUAGCAAACGAAAAGAACAAGGGCACGAUGCAAUGCGCGUGGGGAACCCUCAAAUCUCAUUUCCAGGGUCCCCUAGAAUCUCAACUGGCUGGACCGAGCCAGUGCUCCAUCGUCCUCCCCUCCCCUCCCCUGUCCAGGCCUCCUCUCCGCCCAACUUACGGUUCGUUGAAGUAUAAUGUCUGCCAGGUCACAAGUACAGAGCUGACUGAUGCCAUAUGGAAAACCUUCUUCCAAGGCGAGCUCUCCUUCACACGUUGAGCCAAAGGGGGUGAAGCCAUGGCCCUCAUCGUAGCUGCAACUGGAGGAACCCUCCUUGUCGAAAAGCUCUCCAAUUUAGCUCCCAUCUAGCUGCACAUGCACAUCAACAGAUCAACUGAUAGGAGGAGAUACCAAACAUUAUGUAACAUGUCUUGAAGUCUGAAAUUGGGAAGCACUAAUUACAGACAUUAUGACGAGCGGAAUAAUGGAAGCUGGACGGCUAGUGCACCUGUGGAACAAAUGGGGGAUACAAAUCCUGGUCCUUGUAAGCUUCAUGUUGCAAGUAUUCCUCCUCGUUGUCGGAGGGAUCCGCCGGCGUAGCUCCUCCACCAUGCUGAAGUUCUUCCUCUGGUCGGCAUACCUGCUGGCUGACUCCACGGCGAUAUACACCCUGGGCCACCUAUCCGUUGACAACAGGUCAGAUGAGCACCAGCUGGUGGCAUUCUGGGCGCCGUUCCUCCUGUUGCACCUCGGUGGCCCGGACAACAUCACAGCAUAUGCGCUCGAAGACAACUCGCUCUGGCUGCGCCACCUGCAAACUCUCGCUGUGCAGGUCCUAGCAGCUGCUUAUGUGAUAUACAUGUACAUCGCCAGCAGCGGGACCUUGCUUCUGCUGGCCUCCAUCUCCAUGUUUGUUGCCGGUCUUCUCAAGUAUGGUGAGAGGAUAUGGGCACUCAAGUGUGGCAACAUCAGCAGCAUCCGCAGCAGCAUCAGCAUGUCAAAGUUCAAGGCUAACCCUUAUCAUUUAUUGAGUAUGGGUACUAGUGAAGAGGAAAUCCUGCUUGGAGCCCACUCCCAAUUCGAUAUCUGCAAAGGUGUCUUCGCUGAUAUUAUAAUGUCACCAAAUCCCUCAGUUGUUUCACAAUCUAAACCGCGUUCUGUAAUAUCUUACUUGGGGGAGGAUCUAUACAAGUUGGUCGAGAUGGAGCUGUCUCUGAUGUAUGACUUCCUGUACACCAAGGCGGCGGUAAUCCACACAUGGUAUGGCUUCUGCAUUCAUUUCAUUUCGCUGCUUGGCACAGCCACCACGCUCCUGUUGUUUCAACUCACCAUCAGCAGUCGAGGAAAUGGGUACAGUGGAGUAGAUGUGAUUAUCAGUUAUGUUUUGCUGGUUGGGGCUUUGGUCCUGGAGGUCAUAUCAGUGUGCAGAGCUCUACUAUCCACCUGGACAUGUUCUUUAUUGCACCGCAGGGGCAAGGGAUGGGAGCGGCCUCUCCAUUUUAUCACUUCCCUUAGUCGGCGUGUCCAUCCGGCAAGUAGGAGACUGUGGUCAGGCUCCAUUGGGCAGUAUAACUUGUUCCACCUGUGCACUCACAACAGGAACGAGAUAGGAAGCAGACUGGCAAUGAAAUUGGGGCUCCAGGACUGGUGGAACAUGAUGCAUUUCUCUGGCACUUUCUUACGCACCAACUCUUUGUCAAUACAAGAUCUCAAGAAAUUGGUUUUGCAAGCGCUGCAAGACAAAGAGCAAGCGCUGCAAUACAAAGAUACCGAUUUGAACUCAAGGGGCAGCUUUAUACUGAAAAGUAUGGAAGUCUACGUUGACUUUGCUCGCUGGAGUGUCAACAUUGACUUUGAUGAGAGCAUCCUUGUUUGGCACAUUGCAACCGAGGUGUACAUCCGGAAAUCCAAGGCCAAACAUGCAAAGGAGCUUACUGAGGCUACCGAGGUGCUAUCCAAUUACAUGAUGUUCCUGCUGGUGGUAAAACCCUACAUGCUGCCUGGCGCUGCACGCCACAAUGUACAUCUCGCCUCCUGCGAACAAAUAGAAGGACAAUGUCGUAUGUGCUUUGGUGAUAAGGACAACCCAGUGGUGGCAUCUCCCGUAAGCUGGAACCCGUACUGUAUGCUUAAGGAAUUGUUCCACCACGAUGGCCCCAAUCCCUCCAGGAUCCCACAGAGGGAGAAGCUUGCGGAGAUGGUGUGGAGUUUCUCUCAAUUUGCACUGGGAACAGUAAGGGCACCACAACCACAUGGGGCAUCCAUCCGUGACAAUGCUAAUAUGUAUGCAGUCUUGCUUGCCAAUGAGCUUCUCAGCAUAGAGUUGCGCUGGCAUGAGCAGCAUGACCCUUUGGAACUGAUCUUAGGUGUGUGGGUGGAGAUGCUGUUAUAUGCCGCGGAGCAUUGCAGCCAAGAGUCCCAUGCGAGGCAGCUCAGUAAUGGCGGCGAGUUCAUUACAGUCGUGUCGUUACUGGCACACCACUUCAAGUACUUCUCUAGGGUCUCCAGGGGCACUAAGUACCUUGGUGAAAAUAACUCAAUAAGUAAAAAUAACUCCAUAAGUGAAAAUGGUGAAAACAUGGUUUAGAUGAAUUUGCACCAUUGUCACCUGAAAUGGCCCCUCCGUCUAGGAAAAACUGAGGAUUCACCACUUUAACGAAACCCACAUAGUUAUCUGUAAACAAACAUAGUAAGUACUGGGAUUCAUAACAGAACCACAUGCUGCAAGAUUAACUUCCACUUUGCAUUCAAAGAUUUAUUGCAAGGUGAGUCCAGCGUGCCUAUACAUGUGUGAUAUAUUAGUUCAAUGGUUGUGUAUGCCUGACAUGUGUGAUAUGUUUGCUAGUGUUGAUCGCGCCCAAGCUGGUGGCGCAAGAAAUGUGCAGCAUGUAUCAGGAGAUUCAGGACCGGCCUUGCUUGAUCCUAUAUUUUCUUUCGUUGGUGUAGCAGUGUGGCAAGCCGCCAAUGUGAUAUCAGCAAUUCCUGUAUUUGCACAUUGUUGUGUAACUGUAAGAAAAUACACUGUAUCCAACAGAGAUUGUGGCUUCGCUGUUUCCUAUUCAUGUUACCAUCCC